CGAAGUGAAUCCUUAACCCAGGCCCAAACCCCAAAAAACUCGACGCAAGGCGCCGCGCAUUCCCUACGGACCCGUCAACGCUCCCCUCCAUCCCUUUAUUUCGACUGACUGAUCUUCAAAAGGGCCCCGUCAACGAUGUCGGUGGCCACUAAAAACCCUUUCGCCCUUCUCGACGAGGAAUCCUCCUCUCCCUCCGCCACCCCCGCUCCCUCCAAGGCCACCCCAGCCGCCGAGACGACAACCCCCGCCGCCAACAACCGUGGCGGCUCAAAGCCAAGAGGUGGACCCGCCUCCAGGGGUGGAGGAUACUACCGUCGCGGCGGUAAACCCAGGGAAGGUGGCGAUGCCCCUCCUGCAGGCGACGAUGCGCCCGCUACCGAGGGCAGGAGAUUCGAUGGCGAAGGCCGUGGACGUGGUAGGGGUAGGGGCCGUGGUGGUGAUCGUGGUGACCGUGGUCGUGGAGGCCGCGGUGGUGGUCGUCAGGAUAGGCAUAGCGCCUCUGGAAAGGUUGACACCGAGAAGCGCGUCAACCAAGGCUGGGGCGCCGAAGAAGGCAAGGCCGAAUUGAACGCCGAGACCGCCGGUGCGACCGAUGCAGUUGCUGAAGAGAAGGAUGCGUCCAACGAGUGGGGCGUUACCGCUACCGAUGCUACCGCCGCCGCCGACGAUCCCUGGGCCACCACCACCACGCCCGCCGAUGGAGCCGCCGCCGUCGCUCCCGCUGAGGGCGAGAAGCCGGCCGAAGAAGGCCGUAAGCCCCGCGAGAGGGAAGUCGAGGAGGAGGACAACACGCUCACGUACGAGCAGUACCUCGCUCAGCAGAAGGAGAAAGCGGAGGCUGAGGAGAAGUUGCAGCUUAGGGAGGCGAAUGAGGGAGAUGAUUCCUGGAAGGACACCCUUGCCGUCCAGAAGAAGAACGAGGAGGAGGACGCUUACUUCGUCGGGAAGAGCAAGAGCGCCCCCAAGCCUCGUGCUAAGAAGGAGGAGAAGGUCUUCAUCGAGAUCGACGCCCGCUUCGAGCGUCCCAGCCGUGGCGGCCGUGGACGCGGAGGCGACAGGGGCGGAGGAAGGGGCGGAGAGAGGGGCGCUCGUGGCCGUGGUGGGCCCCGCGGUGGUGGACGUGGUGCGCGCCAGAACGGUGCCCCGGCUGCGGCUGCCGUCAACGUCGACGACGAGACGGCGUUCCCGUCCUUGUCGUAGGCGCUUACGAGGCCAUGCCAAUAUACGUUAUAACGCAUAGGCGUAUAUGCAAGUAGUCGUUCGUCGUUGAAGAAGAUGAAGAUGAUGAUGAUGAAGAAGCAGUUUCCAAAAACGGGGUGCUUUUUUACACUUUUUUGGUGUCCGUUCUGUGUGUCCUGUGUGUGUCUGCUGCGCGUUCUGUGUGUGUAUUAGUCGAAUGUAGUCCCAUUACCGCGUCCGACGUACGUUCGUCUAUUUGUUCAUAGUCUCCCUCCUUCCGUAUUCUUGCCCCUCUCUUCCUGCUGCCUACCUGCUCCUCCCUCCCUCCCUACCUCUGUUUCGCUUCUGUUUCUCUCCACCUCUGUCUGUCUGUCCGUCCGUCUGUCUAUCUUUCUGUGCGUCUACCUGUUCUAUCUGUUUGUUUGUCUAUCACGACAUAUGUGUGUCUGGGUGCGCAUGCGAUCCAGAAUAGUGAAUAGUGCUCAGUGCUC